AAAGACCAAAACGCUCCCCACAAAAUCACCUGAUGCUACGACACACUGCAUCUCCAGCCACUUCUCACUUCUUCCACCAGGUUCCUCCAGACUACACGACUUGGCAUCAGCCUCGACCAGCAGCAGCAAGUCAGCCAUCUCGGAUCACUGAUACAGUCAGAGCAGAGCAGGAGAGGGCGGAUAGGGUGCAGCAGGAGCAACCAUGAGCACCAUGAAGUUCUGCCGGGAAUGCAACAACAUACUGUACCCCAAGGAGGACAGGGAGAACAAGGUGCUUCUCUAUGCCUGCAGGAACUGUGACCACCAGGAGGUGUCCGACAGCAACUGCGUGUACCGGAAUGUGGUGGACCACGCCGCCGGCGAGUUCACGCAGGUGCUCUUCGAGGACGUCGCUUCCGACCCCACACUACCGCGCACCAAGUCCGUCCGCUGCGCCGCCUGCGGCCACGGCGAGGCUGUCUUCUUCCAGGCGACGGCGAGGGGCGAGGAAGGCAUGACGCUCUUCUUCGUCUGCUGCAACCCCAGCUGCGGCCACCGAUGGAGAGACUGAAUGGUGAUCCGAUGCUUCAGCUGGUUGCUGCAAGAGAGAAGAAACUUCAUCGAUGCAUUGUAAGUUGUAACAGCAAGAGAUUCAUGGUUUACUUCUUGCGUUGCUGCUCAGGAAAUGGUAACGAGUUAAGGGAAUCCAGAAUUCGUGCUAAUGUUCUGGGAUCGAUGCGCCAUGUCUGGCAAUUUGUUUAGUCGCAGAGCUUUGUGCCCGGCCAUCACUCGGCCGGUCCCUUCGCCUCUGGGGUCCGGAACCGGGCAGCUGCACGGCCGUGGGCCGUGGCCAUGGCUAGAUGCAAGCAGGUGCGGCGCUGAGGCCUCCAGGAGUAAGGGAAUGGAAGCGAGGGGCGGCCGGAUAGCGGUGCCGCUCCGGCGAGCCGCGCGCGGCAUGAGGCGAUGCGGUGUUUCUUGUCAGAACAGACAUUGGCCGCCUCUUCAGGCUCCGAACACCGUCGAUCCACGCGAUAUGGGACGGAUACGAGACGGAAAGGAGGAAGAUGAGGUACCCAAGGGACGGCCGGCGUCAGGCGGCCCUCCGGCGAGCUGCUGUGGAGGAUUGGAUAGCGAUCCAGGAUUUGUUCUUAAAAAUACCCCUGCAUAUUUUCAAAUAAACCCCUAAUUUGGAUCGAGAUUAUAGAUA